GUGCAUCCCAGCUUUGUGCCCUAUUCUGCCUACGGUCUGCUCUGGGGCCCCUGUAAUUCCAAAAUUAGUUAGAAGGUGGGUGGGUGAUGAUGAGACUCUAAAGCAUUACUUUGUGUAAGAAUAUGAGCCUUAACGAUAGUCAUACUAACAACUCUUUUUUACUGUACAUUCAAGGUCUUUAAAGUUAAACUUUAAUAUUUUUGAGGGUUUCAUAAACUACAGCAGGCCAACCCUAUAAAUAAGAUGGACUUUGAGCAACUAAAGAGUCUGUGGGUAGCUUGGAAAUAGGUGUCAUUUUCGCUGUAAGAGAUGGACGAGGCAGGACGCACUGUAGCCUAUGCGUCAGUAAACACCAUGGACGGCCACUGUCUGAACUGGGACCAAGCUGCAGUUGAAGGUUUUAGGUGGAAACUGAAAUACUUUUUCAUGAACCCUUGUGAGAAAUACAGAGUCCGAGGACGAAAACCUUGGAAACUCGCACUGCAGAUUCUUAAAAUCGCCAUCACUACAAUUCAGUUGGUCUCAUUUGGACUCAGUAAUGAGAUGGUGGUCACCUUCAAAGAGGAGAAUUUGGUGUCGUUCAAGCAUAUUUUCCUUAAAGGAUAUUCUGACCGAAUCACUGACACUCACACAGUGUAUUCAAAGGACGAUGUCUACGACCACAUCUUAUUCAUAGCAGAUCAGUACAUGAACUUGCCUAACAUCACAGUUGGAAACCACGCUUAUGAUAAAAAUGAAGGAAUCUAUGCACCACUCUCCGUUUGUCAGGAUUUUUAUAGAAAUGCUAACAUUUCUUCUGAAAAUGAAACGUUUGACAUCGAUACGAAAAUUGAAACAGAAUGUGCUAAAGUUUAUCCAGGACAGCCUCCAGCAGAAGACAGACUGGAAGAAUUCCUGAAGAAUCUAACUUUGAAUUUUAAAAGGCUUCUGUCUGUCAAUAUUAACUUUACUCUUAAGGCCAUAAAUCUUCGGACCGUCGAGCAUCACGAGCUUCCUGACUGCUAUAACUUUAUUGUCAUGAUUACUUUCGACAACAGAGCUCACAGCGGACAAAUAAAACUUAAUCUUAAGAAUGAUGUUGAUAUGUAUCAGUGCAGAGACUGGAAUGUAAUAGGAAUGUCAGGGAGAAACAUCCAAUACACAUUAUUCUUUGACUGCAUAACAACUGUAGUCUGUUUGGCCUCCCUGAUUCUGUGUAGCCGUUCAAUUAUCAGUGGCAUUCAGCUGCAGUUUGAGUGCAUGCAUUUUUUCUGGAAUUUUCUUGGAAAGAAUGUGCCCUGGUCCGAUCGGAUGGAGUUUGUAAAUGGAUGGUAUAUACUGAUCACUGUCAGUGAUACUCUAACCAUUGUUGGGACUAUUCUGAAAAUAGCAAUUCAGACCAAGAAUUUAACAAGCUAUGAUGUCUGUAGUUUUCUGCUGGGGACUGCUACACUGUUUACCUGGGUUGGAGUCAUUCGUUACUUAGGCUACUUUAGGAAAUAUAACAUUCUUAUCCUAACGCUGAGAGCGGCUUUUCCAAACGUGGUCCGUUUCUGCUGCUGUGCCUCCAUGAUCUACCUUGGUUACUGCUUCUGUGGUUGGAUCGUGUUGGGACCUUAUCAUGAGAAAUUCCGGACCAUCAACACCGUGUCAGAGUGCCUGUUCUCCCUCAUCAAUGGAGACGACAUGUUCACGACGUUCAAGAACAUGCAACAGAGGAGCUCCCUUGUGUGGCUAUUCAGCCGGCUAUACCUCUACUCCUUUGUGUCCAUCUUCAUCUACACAGUGCUCAGCCUGUUCAUCACUGUCAUCACUGACACAUAUGAGACUAUCAAGAAACGCCAGCAAAGUGGUGUCCCUGAAUCAGAAUUGCAUGCCUUCUUGGCAGAUUGUAAAGACCUGCCUGAUUCAGGAAUGUUCAAGCAAGAGAAUGUACCAUCUCCAUGCCUUUCCUGUUGUCCUCGGUAAGCUGUGUAAAUCUGGAUUUUAAUUGCAUAAAUCCAUAACCCUAAUAACCCUAAAUUUACAAACAACUUUUAUGACUCUUUUGUUCAUCACAGUAUAUACUGUAUCUUCGCUCUCAGUUAAGACAUCAGCAUGUUAGUGAAACUCAAGCCAUUUUAAAUGGUGUGUACAUUUAAUGCCAGUCUGCAGUCCAUUUUCAAUAAACCAAAGUUUAUUGUAAUAUGUAAAAUUUUUGUGGGGGAAAAGUUAUUCAGAUAAAUGUUCUGUAUUGUGAGUUGCAAUAUUGUACAAAGGUUUUCAUAUCCUCUUGUAAUUCAAUUUUUUUUCGAGGCACCCAAGUAUUUCAACUAUGAUAUAGGGAAUUAAUGUCCUAUGAAAAUUGCCUAAAAGUUUCCAACUUGAAAGUUUUACGUAAGA